CCUAUGAUAAAACAGAUUUUUCGAAAAAAAAAGGAAAUGCAAGCAAUUUUUAUGAAGAAGCCCUCGGCUCUAAUACAUAUUUAGUUCCUCAAAAGCAGCGAAGUAUUAUCCGUUAUAAUAGAGUGAUUAAUAAUGAUCUUGAUGGUCAUAGAUUCAGAAACCGCCUUGGUGCGGCAUCAAAGCCGAACGAAUAUAUGGUUAUAAAUACUAAAAUACAAUCCGUUAGUCCAUUCGACGCGUCAUC